AUGCGGGAUCGACGCCCUCUGUUAGCGGGCAAUGCCGCAAACCAAAAGACUGCUCUCGCCAAUACUCUAAAAAAGGAUACGCGCCGUCGGGUGGACGAGGAGUCUUCCCAGGUCGGGACGAUUAAGGCAACACUGUCCUGUAUUCUCUUCUUUCUUGUCCUGCUCGGGCUUCCCAUGGGGAUCAUCUACUACUUCACGCCGUUCUUUGUCGUGGAGAACUUGGGGUGCAGGGUGGUGGAUAAGCUUUGGGGCGAUGACACGGUGCGAGCAUUGGAGGCGGGGUACCGCCGCCACAAGGCUUCCCCGCCCCGCUUUCCGUCGCUCGAGUACAAUAAAACCAUGCUGUGGGGCACCUACGAGCCUGGUCUUUUGUUCGCCAUGAAGACACGCACCCCAAAGCCGGUGUACGUUGGCAUUGCAUGGUAUGACGUGGCAGGCUUGCACCCCGUCCGGCACAGGCUGGUGGAUGUGCUGUCGCUAGAGCGACGUCAGGGCAGCAAUGGAGGUGCGAUUUCUGACGAGAAAGCGGAUAAAUUUGAGGCAGCGUGGGCACUCCAUGAUGGGGUUCAUUAUGGGCGCCUCUUUGUACAGGAUGGCCCAGCCAAGAUGCAAAUUGAGUUUCUUAAGAGUCCUUCAGGUGACUCCUGGCACGUUCGCACGCAUGGUCACAUGGAUGGGGCGGAGCCCGUUGAGUUCGUCGUGUAUGUCGUAAACGGCGGCGGAGCCCUCGAGCUGGAGCCAACGUCAGCAGACGGGUCAUGGGAUGCGAAGAUAAAAAGCGAGUUUGAAGACGCCGAAGGGCGUCGGGAAGGCUUCUCGUUGCAUAUUCACGAUGACCACAACCCUGUCUUUGCGGCCACCCCUUGGAAGGUGGACGGAUGGGCGUCCACUGAGGAUGAAUUUCUCCGCGACGUCAACUUCCGCAGCCCGCUGUUGAGUGCACAGCCUCACAAAAUGGGUCCUUCCGGGGUUGGACCGCAUAACGUGAUGGUGUUUCGUAAGCGGUACGCGUCCGACUUCCGGGUGGAACUGUCCAUGCGGCAUGCGAUGCAUCUUGGGGCGGACGGCCAGGAUGAGGCUGAGCACCGCCUAUUCAAGGCAGCCUACGAGGCCUUGACAACCUGCCAGCUGACCAACGUUUUCCGCACCCGGGAGAAGGAGGCGCUGUCACAGAUGCGUAAAAUGUUCACACCGUGGAGAACUGGGUCUCAUUUGAAUCUAAAACUUUACAUCAACAGGGCGCGUCGCUUACUCAGCGGUGCGCUAGGUGCCUGGGGGUUUUGGCACGGACGAUACCUCUACGUAGAUCCAAGCGUUACGGCCUUAUUGGAUGCGCAGGGAAAGGCAACGAAAGUGCAAUCCGAUGAACAACUACGGGUAGCGUUGUCUGACGUCUCCGCUUUUGGUGCGGUGACCUCACGCGUGGGGAGUGCGUACGGUGACAUGACCAUGACAGGGUACCACCUCCUUUUUCUUAUACACUGGAACAGGGAGUGGACGAAGGAGGCCAUCGCCUCGUGGCUCGUCGGCGCUCAAGACGCCAGCAGCGGCUUUAUUCCACAUCUGGCGACGUUUACAGCCGCAUCGCGUGCAUUUGCUCCACCAUCGGCACGCUACCAACACCUGAGUUUUGCCGCACCCCCCACUAUCCUCCUUGCCAUCCCUCAAUUACUGCGCAGUUGCGAGGGUGCCGCGUCAGAGAAGAAGUUCUUCGAGCUGAUACUGCCAUCACUGCGUCGUUGGCGGUCGUGGUUUCACAAGACGCAGAGCUCGGAGGAAAGUGCAAUGAGCCUAGAGGCACUCGUGGCUGCAGAGGCAGAAAAGGUGUCUGUAAACAAAACACCGCCAGGGUAUCGAUGGCGCUCACGUGAUAACUACCGCAUCCCCUCCAGUGGCAUGCCGGACUACCCCAGACAUGCUUGCCCUGGUCAGCACGGACUUGGGGCACAUGUUGAUCUCUUUUCAUGGGUUGCCUUACUGAGCUCAAUUAUUAGUGAUAUCGAGUUGUAUUUGGGACUCCCUGAGACGGUUCCCAAGCGGUUGUGGCUGGGCUGGUUGGACGCGGUGCACUGGGACGCGAGACACCAGCGCUACGCCGAUCGUGCUGGCUGCUCUGCUGACUCCUUUUCGCCGUAUGUGGGGUAUGCCAACCUCUACCCCCUGCUUCUCGGGAUCCUCGACAACAAGGAGCGUGCACUGAAGGUUAUUGAGCUUGCCAAGGCGGAGCUGAUGACUCAGUACGGCAUGAUGUCAGUUUCGUACGCCUCGGUGCGUGCGGCACGCCAUGCAGGGCUGCGCCACGACAACCGUUGGAUGGGC